AUGUUUAAAGUUCUUCUUGAAAAACGUAAUCAAGACUACAACAGAAAAAGAACAAGCAAGAUACGUAGAGGUCGAUUCAAAGACGAGGGAAGUGAUGACUCUGGAGAUGAGGAUAAUAUAUCAAUUGACUGGGAGUAUUUCAUUAAUUUGAAUCCAAAAGUUCUAAGAUUUGUCAAAAAUAGAUGGAAAGAGUUGGAUAGAGAAGUAGUUUUACAAGCUUUGCGAAAAGAUAUUAUAGCAAUUUAUUCAUUGCAAGCUCUUGACAGAGAAAUGGCAUUGUUGGUAGUUGAAACCAAUCCAUUGGCUUUGAAAUAUGAACAUGGAGUUUGGCAGAAUGAUAAAGAAAUUGUACUGAAAGCAAUAUCACAAAAUAAGAACCUACUUGUGUAUGCAUGUGAUUCGAUCAUUGAAGAAGUGUUAAGAAACAGAGAACUCAUUGAAUAUUCUCAGGAGGAUGUCAUUAAUUUAGUAUUGAAUGGUGUGAAGGAAAAGCCAUCUUUAUUCAAUUACCUUCCCGAACAUAUGAAAACAAAUCAUGAAUUUGUUAUCAAAUUGGUAGAAUUGGACACAAGAAUAUCCGAGUUCAUUCCAGAAUCUUUAAAACAAAACAGAGAAUUUCUAAUGGAACUGGUCAAAUAUGAUAGAAAUGCAUUUUACAAUUGUAAAGAUAUGGAUCUGAGGGGGAGUAGACAAUUUUUAUUGAACGCCCUAUCCACUUACAGGUUCUCACUCUCCAGUGCUCCAUCUCAUCUCAAAGAUGAUAAGGAAUUUGUAAUGGAAUGUUUAACUGCAUAUCCUGCAGACUUGGAUGAAGCUUCAUCUCGUUUGAGAGAUGAUGAACAAGUGGUAGAAUUGGUUUUAAAAGAAUUUAAUAACGCAUCAAAUAGAUUGAAAGAUGAUAAGGACUUUGUAAUGAAACACAUUGAAGAAUUUCCUCAAAUGUAUCAGUCAUUGAGUCAGAGAUUGAAAAGCGAUAAGGAAAUAAUUCUAAAAUGUGCAUCUGGAGGUGGAGUUAUUUCAAAUGGUUAUUUCUUUCACGACGAUGACUUUGUAUUAGAAUUGGUGGAAAGAAAUGCUCAUAUUGUUGAAACACUGGGAAAGAUAACGCCAGAGUUUGCUAAGAAAUGUAUUGAGCGAAAUGGCUUUUGCUACCAUUUAUUGAAACAACACUCUAUGGUAACAGAAUCUGACGAAUUGGAUCAAUUAGCAGCUCUUUCUCGUGGAUAUUUAGCUGAUAAACAUACUGAGGAUAUUAGACCAACAUAUGGAUUUCACAAAAUCAAAACUCGCACAAGCUAUGAGGAUAGAGAAAUUGUGGAUUCAUGGAUUAAGAAGAGAUUGGAGAAGCAAUAUGAUGGGUUAUAUAUUUCACUCAGCUCGCCAAUAUUUGUAAAGGGAAAGUUUGUGAAUACCCACAUUAAGGGAUGA